UCCAAACUAUUUCCCCAUUUAACUAACAGCACAUUUUAAGCACUACUUACAUGUUAAUAUUUUUUUUUUUUUUCUCUAAAGGUAAUGGCUCAUUGUCUGUGGCGAUAUCGCUGGCGGAUCCUACUCUGCAUAUGUACACCAUGCAUAGUGACUGGAUGUCUCUUGGUCUAUAUCGCAUUAGCUCUGUGUUUCGCCAUCACUCACACCUACCACGGUGGGCCAUCUGGCACCCUAAUCCCACUACUGGAUGACUACUUUAUAGCAAAGGGAACUAACAGUUCUAGCCUUCUGGCACCCCAUCCGAUGCGGCCAUUCUGGAAAGAGGAACUAAACCGAGAAGCAUUUUGGAAUCUAAUCCAGCAUGUCAUGGAUCGUCAGCACAACACCAUUCUACGAGCCAGGAAAAACAUUUCAGAAAAUGGCAACAGCACAUUGCAUUCACUUAACAAAACUGGGUGUUUUUCAAACUCUGACAAAAUGUGGAAUCCAUCUGAUUAUUUUAGUCUGCCCCCUCAAAUACAGAGGUUUAUCAAGUACAUGCGCUGCAGAGACUACCCACUGCUGAUCAACCAGCCUGGAGUGUGUGUCAGUAAACAAAAUCAAAGUGAAGCCCCGAUGUUGCUGCUGGUCAUAAAAUCACAAGCAGAAAACAUUAAAAAUCGUCAAGCUAUUAGAUUUACAUGGGGUCAUUCAGGUCUGGUGAGGGGACAGGUAGGGAGAGGAGGACUGGUGCGCAGGGUUUUUCUCUUGGGCAAGACUGAAGCAGGAAGCAAAGCAGAUGUUGAACAGGAGAGUAAAACUUAUGGUGACAUCAUAAUGUGGGACUUUUUAGACACUUUCUUUAACCUGACACUGAAAGACGUCCUGUUCUGGGACUGGUAUGCCAAACACUGCGCUAACUCCCGCUUUGUUUUCAAGGGUGAUGAUGAUGUAUUCGUGAGGACUCCAGCACUCCUGGACUAUUUAGAUAGACAAAAAUCAAAGGAGUUUGUUGCUGGGGACCUAAUCACUGCUGCUUUGCCUGUCCGCUCGGAAAACACCAAGUACUUCAUCCCUCAUGGUUUCUAUAAGGGCAGUUACCCAUCAUAUCCUGGUGGAGGAGGUGUGGUCUACUCUGGUGCGUUGGUCCCGAGGCUUCUCGCCAUAUCCAAAAGAGUUCACUUGUACCCCAUUGAUGAUGUUUACCUGGGAAUGUGUCUUGAAAGGUUGGGGGUCAUUCCUAUCCACAACCCAGCUUUCCUCACUUUUGAUUUUACUGAAUCAGAAGCAAAGGAGCCUUGUGCCCACCACACCAUCCUGAUGGUCCAUAAACGGAGUCCAGAAGAAAUGCUGAAGCUCUGGAUAGAGACGCUUGAACCAAAAUCUGAAUGCAGAAACACUCCGCUAAGAAAAGCACUGACACUAUAGGCCAACAAGGGCAGCACGGUGGCUCAGUGGGUAGUACUGUCGCCUCACAGCAAGAAGGUCCUGGGUUCGAUUCCCAGGUGGAGCAGUCCGAGUCCUGGAGUUUGCAUGCUCUCCCCGUGUCUGUGUGCAAGUGAGGUGAAUCGGAGAUACAAAAAUUGUCCAUUACUGUGGUUCACAUUAAAAACUUGAACUGUUACUCUGAACUUGUGUAACCGGUAACUAUCUGUCCUGUCAUGAAUGUAAAACAUGAUGUUAAAAUCCUAAUAAAUGAAAGUCUCCUCUGUAAAAAAACAUUAUACUAUGUAACAUGAGUUAUGUUCCAUAAUUAUGUGGUGUGAGUUCAUUAUAAUCCAAUUGUUAAAACGCAGUGUUUAAGGUUUCAGCCAACAUUUUAUGAACAUCAAAAAACAGGGUUAGCAUUACACAGAAAAACUUUUAAAAUCCCAAAUGACUUUAUAAUGCAAUACUAAGGGUGUAGUAGCCAUUUUUAUGAAACACAUUAUGUGUCAUGAACCAUCAGUCUGUUUUUAAAGCAUUGAUCUGGCUUGCAAUUAUGUCUUUCUCCAUUCAAAGAGAUACAAAGGAGCCUGGUCUUGUAUUACUGAAAAUAACUGAACAAGAGCAGCAACAAUGACCCUGUAAAUUAAUCUAGGUGUUGUCUUUAUUAUUUUGAGUGUGGUACAGGCAUCAGAUUCUAAAUCUGUUAAUAUUUUCAUAAUAUAAUGAAGUUGGUCAGUGAAAACAUUAGACAUUUCUUUUUGUAUUUUGUCAGUUAAAUAAAGGU